AUGUCUCAUAGAAAGUACGAAGCACCACGUCACGGUCAUUUAGGUUUCUUGCCAAGAAAGAGAGCCGCCUCCAUCAGAGCUAGAGUUAAGGCUUUCCCAAAGGAUGACAGAUCCAAGCCAGUUGCUUUAACCUCUUUCUUAGGUUACAAGGCCGGUAUGACCACCAUUGUUAGAGAUUUGGACAGACCAGGUUCCAAAUUCCACAAGCGUGAAGUUGUUGAAGCUGUCACCGUUGUUGACACUCCACCAGUCGUCGUUGUCGGUAUUGUCGGUUACGUCGAAACUCCAAGAGGUUUGAGAUCAUUGACGACCGUCUGGGCUGAACAUUUGUCUGACGAAGUCAAGAGAAGAUUCUACAAGAACUGGUACAAGUCUAAGAAGAAGGCCUUCACCAAGUACUCUGCUAAGUACGCUCAAGAUGGUGCUGGUGUCGAAAGAGAAUUGGCCAGAGUUAAGAAGUACGCUUCCGUUGUCAGAGUUUUGGUCCACACUCAAAUCAGAAAGACUCCAUUGUCUCAAAAGAAGGCUCAUUUGGCCGAAAUUCAAUUGAACGGUGGUUCCAUCUCUGAAAAGGUUGACUGGGCUCGUGAACAUUUCGAAAAGACUAUCGCUGUCGACAGUGUCUUUGAACAAAACGAAAUGAUCGAUGCUAUUGCUGUCACCAAGGGUCACGGUUUCGAAGGUGUUACCCACAGAUGGGGUACCAAGAAAUUACCAAGAAAGACUCACAGAGGUCUAAGAAAGGUUGCUUGUAUUGGUGCUUGGCAUCCAGCCCACGUUAUGUGGAGUGUUGCCAGAGCCGGUCAAAGAGGUUACCAUUCCAGAACUUCCAUCAACCACAAGGUUUACAGAGUCGGUAAGGGUGAUGAUGAAGCUAAUGGUGCCACCAGCUUCGACAGAACCAAGAAGACCAUUAACCCAAUGGGUGGUUUCGUUCACUACGGUGACUUGAAGAACGAUUUCAUCAUGGUUAAGGGUUGUAUCCCAGGUAACAGAAAGAGAGUUGUCAAUUUGAGAAAGUCUUUGUACACCAACACUUCCAGAAAGGCUUUGGAAGAAGUCAACUUGAAAUGGAUUGACACUGCUUCCAAGUUCGGUAAGGGUAGAUUCCAAACCCCAGCUGAAAAGCACGCCUUCAUGGGUACUUUGAAGAAGGACUUGUAG